AAAUACACGUAUUGACAAUAGUGGAUCCACACUGUGCAGUUAGCAGAAGUUUAGAGAAGCAUCCUUUAACUUCGUCUUCACUCAGCUGUUAACUGCUGCCUAUCGUCACUCGCUCGAAUCUAUCAAUUUGUACUUCACACGCCAUUUCCCCCUCGUUCUCAAUUGUAUUACAGCAUAAAGGAGCAAACUUUAUGUGCUCUUACAAACAAAAAGCUGCAAUUCAUCCGCUUUAUUUCCCUAAUUCUAUCUCAGAUGGGUAUAAUCAAGUAGUGGGUAAAAAUGGAACAUACCAAGAAUGAAAUGGGUAAAGAUCAGCCCUUUUUGCAAAAUAGUUUGUUAAAGAAACCAGAAACCCAUAGAAAUCGUAAUAGUAGUAGCAGAGAUGUUAUACCUGGUAAUGAGCUUUGGACAGAUGGUCUUAUAUGUGCAUUUGAAUUCGUUCGAGUCCGUGGUAAGAGACCACUGAAUGUUAAAGCUGGUUCAAAAGCCUCAAGCAAAAAAAUAGACGGGGAGCAUUCAAAGAUUCAAGUGCAAGCCAACGGGUUGAGCGGGUCGUCUCCUCCGAGGCCUGAUAGGAGUAGACUAGUGGAACCUUCGUUCCCUUUUGAUUUAAGGGGGAACCAAAAUGCUUCUUUGAGUCACUAUAAUGACAGCCGGAUUGACCAUCAUCAUGCCUUGGAAAGAUUUGAUGAUAGCCGUUGGGUGCCCAUUGGGUGGGGUAGGAUUUCGGAGCUUGUGCAGAUGGUGCAAACUGAUGAUAGCUGGACCCCGCAACUGUUUGACUUGAUGGAUGAAGAAGAUGGUCUUAGUGUUGCAGAGUUAGCUGCUCCUUACUGGGAGCGCCCUGCGGGGCCUAUAUGGUGGUGCCAUGUAUCUGCAAGUCACCCUUCUGUUCAGUCCUGGCUUAACAAUGCUCAGUGGUUGCAUCCUGCCGUCGGUGUGGCUCUGAGGGACGAAAGUAGAUUGAUUAGCGAGCGGAUGAAACACCUCUUAUACGAGGUCCCGGUAAGGGUUGCUGGAGGACUGCUUUUUGAACUCUUGGGACAAUCAGCUGGUGAUCCAUUUGUUGACGAGGACGACAUUCCUAUUGUUUUGCGCUCUUGGCAAGCACAAAAUUUUCUAAUUACUUUUUUGCAUGUCAAAGGGCAUGUUGCAAGAGUAAAUGUCUUGGGCAUCACUGAGGUUCAGGAGCUUCUUUCUGCUGGAGGUUAUAAUACACCAAGAACAGUGCAUGAAAUCAUAGCAUUACUAGCCUGCCGCCUAACUCGGUGGGAUGAUAGGUUAUUUCGCAAGUCAAUAUUUGGGGCAGCAGAUGAGAUCGAGUUGAAAUUUAUGAACAGGCGAAACUAUGAAGAUAUGAAUCUCUUCAGUAUUAUUUUGAACCAAGAAAUCAGAAAGUUAUCAAGACAGGUUAUUAGAGUGAAAUGGUCCCUCCAUGCAAGAGAGGAAAUAGUAUUCGAGUUGCUGCAUCAUUUGAGAGGAAACUCAGCAAGAACUUUGUUAGAGGAAAUAAGGAAGAGUACAAGAGAAAUGAUGGAGGAGCAAGAAGCAGUUCGUGGCCGCUUGUUUACCAUUCAAGACGUAAUGCAAAGCACUGUUCGAGCGUGGUUACAGGAUAGAAGCCUACGGGUAACUCAUAAUUUGGCUGUUUUCGGAGGCUGCGGUUUGGUUCUUUCUAUCAUCACCGGGUUAUUCGGUAUUAACGUGGACGGAAUUCCUGGAUCAGCAAAUACACCAUAUGCAUUUGGUUUGUUUACCGGUAUUCUCGCGUUCAUUGGCAUGGUGUUAAUCGCAAUUGGAUUGGUUUACUUAGGGUUGAAGCAGCCGAUCACAGAGGAGAGAGUUGAAGUGAAAAAGUUGGAGCUGCAAGAGCUAGUUAAGAUGUUUCAGCAUGAAGCAGAGACUCAUGCGCAGGUUCGUAAAAAUGUGCAUAGAAACAAUUUGACACCAACUGCUGGAGAUGUGCAUACUGAUGAUGUGGAUUAUGUUGUUAUUCAAUGAAUAAUUUAGUUGAAGAGAUGGCUAAUUUCUAUGUACAUUUCUGAUUAUAGAUGUACUAAUUGUACUAGUUACAUUUAGAAUAGCUUUGCAUUGUCAAUAAAAAGCCUAAUCUCUGUCUUGGAUGUAUGAAUUCAUAGCAAACAAAUCAUUAUCCUUGCCUAUUGUAUUUUGACCCGCGAUUAAAAAACCGGACCUGUUGGUUCAACAUGAUAAAUUGGAAACUGGUCAACUGUUUGGUCUAA